UAUGCAACUUCCACACACAGAAAUUAACAUUCUAUAUCUUCAACUUCAAAACCAGCUUCAUUAGUUUGUAUCUAGAUACAAUGGCUGCAACAUCCACUAUGCAAUCAAUCCUUGGAAGCUCUGUCGCUUAUGGAAGAGUUGCAGGCAAGAACAGAUCCCUGAACCUGCAGAGUACUGUUCCUGCUAGUUAUGCAGUUUCAAGCUAUCUCAGGGUUCGCUCUAUGGCAGAGGAUGGUCAAAAGAAGCAACCAAUAACUGUAACAAAAGCCUCAAAGGAUCCCCAGCCUGCAGCUUCUCCACCAUCUCCGAAGUUUUCAGACGUGUUUGCAUUCAGCGGGCCGGCACCUGAGAGAAUCAACGGCAGGCUGGCAAUGGUGGGCUUCGUUACGGCUCUAUCUGUCGAACUCGUCGAGGGGCAAGAUUUGUUUGCUCAGAUAUUCAACGGCCCCGGAGUACCAUUGUUCAUCGGCACAAGUAUUUUGCUAUCAGUAGCAUCCUUGGUUCCUUUAUUGAAAGGAGUGACCGUGGAGUCCAAAUCCGACGGGAUCUUUACCUCGGAUGCAGAGCUCUGGAAUGGAAGGUUGGCCAUGUUGGGUCUUGUAGCUUUGGCCUUCACCGAGUACGCGACCGGCAGUGCCCUAGUGUAGAGAUGUUUCAUUACUCGUCACAAGUCAAAGGGUGCUUGCUAGCUUAUAUAAGCACACCCUGUAAAUUCACAUGUAGUUAAUUACACGUCUUAUUUAAGAGCUUCACGUAAGUCUUUAGAUUCAUACUCAAGUGUUCAGUUAUUCCAAAUAUCAAUAUACUCUCUUCAAUUUACUUUC